UCACGCAGAUGGUGCUCGGCUGCCUCAUCGUGGCCGUCAGCUUCGCCGCCCUGGCGCUCACCACCUCGGCCCGCGUCCGCCACUCCUGCCCCUUCUGGGCCGGCUUCUCGGUGCUGUUGUCAGGACUGAUUGGUGUUGUUUCAUGGAAGAGGCCCCUGUCCCUUGUGAUAACCUUUUUCAUGCUGCUGUCUGCAGUGUGUGUGAUGCUGAACUUGGCUGGGUCCAUCCUCUCCUGUCAGAAUGCUCAGCUGGUGAAGUCCCUGGAAGGAUGUCAGUUGAUUAAAUUCGACAGUGAUGGUGUCUGUGUUUGCUGUGAAAUGCAGCAUCAGACAUCAGGCUGCAGUAACCUGGGAGAAACACUGAAACUGAACCCUCUGCAGGAGUGCAAUGCAGUGAGGCUGACCCUCAAGGACCUGUUGUUCAGUGUGUGCGCUCUCAAUAUCAUCUCCACCAUUGUCUGUGCUUUGGCAACAGCAAUGUGUUGCAUGCAGAUGGUUUCUUCUGAUCUUCUGCAAAUGCAGGAUGAUAUCACACAGUUUCUGCCACAGAGGCCACAUUCUGCCAAUCCUGACUGCAUGACUCCACAUGGAACUGUCCUGCACCAGACCUUGGAUUUUGAUGAGUUCAUCCCACCAAUCCCCCCCCCUCCCUACUACCCACCGGAAUACACCUGCACGCCCGUGGCGGAGGCACAGAGAAGUCUCCAUUUGGACUUCCCUCAUUCCCCAUUUGGUGCUUUAUAUGAAGUAACCAUUAAUAGCCCAGGAAUGCUGUAUCCAAGUGAGCUGCCCCCUCCUUAUGAGGCAGUGAUUGGGGAGAUGCCUGUCAGCCAGGUCACUGGUGCUGCUCAGCAAGUGUCUGAAUCGAGCCUGGGGGAGAGGAACGCGACCCCGGACUUCAGCACACAAGUUUCUGUUGAGAGCACCUCUUUGAUGGUCUCUGAGGCUGUUGAUAUCCCAGACCGUAGCUACUCCUCUGAAGAUCUUUGUUCGCUGGAAGUUCAAGGAUCUCUCCAAUCUGCAGAUCUUUCUCCCUACUGCAUAACCCCCAAGGGGGCUGCAGACCAGAGCUGCAGUGCCCUGGAUUGCCACACUCACUGCAGCUUUCACAGAACUCGCUCUGAGGGCUUUCCUGAUGAGGGGGACAGCUCCCUCAGCCGAGCCUCUACAGACAGGUCUCAAGGACAGGAAAAGAACUGUGCCCACGGCAGGUCCUUGGACUGUUCCUCAGGGAAUUACAGCCCCUCAGAACGAGAACUGCAGAGCUCUGCUCAGGAGAGCAGUGCCACGCCGCCUUUGAAGCAGAAGAAACCCUGCUGUGUGGACUUUCACCAGCCUCCUGCUGCUUUCCUGACCUCUCCCUGUUUUGGGCCUGCGAAUCCUUCACCACGUGCAGGUGGCCCCGAGGCUGCUGCCUUGAACAUCGUCCGCUCCAGCAGUGCCCCCGUGUCCUGCUCGUCUGCCACUGAAGGUGAUAAUUGUGCCUGGACUUCUGUGUGCAGGCAGUGCCAAGAUGCAGGAUUAUCUCCAGCUACAGGAGAAACAGUUCCUGUCUCUGGUUCUCAUAUGGCUGCCUCUGCUUGCCAGCAUUCUUUGAGCAGUUUUCUACCAACUGGAAAACAGAGGGAUACAAGGAAAAUUGAUCUGCAUCUAAAGCCAAAGGCUUUUCACACAGUCUCAAAAGAGCGGCCACACUCCUUAGUGGACCUUAAGGCCUAUAAAGACACAAAAAUUUUAGUGGCAAAAUUUUUGGAACAUUCAAACUGUAAUCUCCCUCCAGAAGUGCGUCACGUAGUGAACAGCAUACGGUCAGUCAUUAAAUCUGAUGAGAGACACAUGGAAGAAGCCAUCUUCAGUGCCAAUAUCAUAGACCAGGUCAUGACGAGCUCCCAGCGGGGCGCGGGCGGCUGCAGGAAGCGGCCGCAGGAGGAUCUGCACCUGCGGAGCUGCGGCGCGCUGAGCUCCCCGCGCCGGGCCCCGCUCCGCCGCGCCGGCCCGCGGGAGCGGCCGCACAGCCUGAUCGGAGUCUGCCGGGAAACCAUCCUCUGACGGGGCCGCACGUAUGGCACGGCAGCAGAGGGAGAGCUGGAGGAAACCAGGACUGGCGGAAGUGCAACUAGCGGAUGACUUUGAAAGGAAAAAGUGUCUUCCUUUGGAAUUCCACUUUUUUCCCCCCCACAGCAGGAUGAGAACAGCUGGUUUUCUGAAUGUAAAUUUCAGCCUUGAUUUUUGCAAACUUUUAAUUGAUUUGUUAGUGAAGUCAUAACAAAUGUUUUCCCAACAGAAAUGCAUUCAUUUCACUGUACUUACAGAAAUGCUACUGAUGCUGCCCAGCAUUUCUUGAAAACCAUUGG